AUGUUGGAUGGCCAUACUCAGAUGGUCCUAGGGGACUCCCAUCUGGGAAGCCUCUCGCCGUCGCGCCUCGUAUCGUCGGAUCCCGCUCAGCGGCAAGCCUUCUGCGGCGACUUGGAGGGCUGGGGCCCUCUCAGUUCGAACGGCUUCCACCUCACAUCUUGCUUCGUCGAUGUCAUCGUCACAGUAGUCGCCAUCUGGGGCUCUUUGGCCGGUGCUGCAGCACUGUAUAUCCUGUUGAAGAAGCGCAUUCCGCAGCCCAUCGCAAAAAAUUGGCACUUCUAUGCCAAGCUGGUUGUUCUCGCUGCCCUGCUCUUUGUUACUGCGUUGCAAGCCGCCUUACAAGUCGAGACCCAACCAAAGGCGUUCUUUACCGACUUCCGUUUCUGGUCCUCACUUUUGACACUUGCAUCUCUGGGGGUCAUCUAUGCCGUGCAGUACUAUGAGCAUUGGCGAAGUCGCCAACCGAAUGGGGUUGUCUUGUUCUAUUGGCUUUUCUUCAUCAUUGCUUAUGCCAUCAAGCUGCAGACGCUCGUCGCACAGCAGGAUUACCUGCAUCGCCUCCCAUACUUUGUUUGCGUCAACAUUAGUCUCGGACUCGCCCUCUUGGAGUUCGUGCUGGAAUAUUUCGUGCCGAAGAAACAAAGUGCCUACGAUGCCCUGGGAGAUGAAGAUGAAUGCCCCUAUAACUAUGCCGACAUCUUCUCAGUUCUGACCUUCAGCUGGAUGACACCAUUGAUGAAAUUCGGAUACAAGAACUACCUCACCCAAGAUGAUUUGUGGAAUCUUCGUCGUCGUGACACCACUCGCGCCACGCUAGAUGACUUGAAUUCCGCCUGGCAGGAGGAGCUCGAGAAGAAGAAGCCGUCCUUAUGGCUGGCUCUCUUCAAGGCAUUUGGCGGCCCUUACCUUCGCGGUGCCAUGAUUAAGUCGGGUAGCGACAUGCUGGCUUUUGUUCAACCGCAGCUGCUGCGAUAUCUGAUUGCCUUCAUUAAUUCGUACCAAUCGCCGGAACCGGAGCCAAUGAUUCGAGGCGUUGCCAUUGCUCUGGCCAUGUUCCUGGUUUCUGUUUGCCAAACCAGCUGUCUUCAUCAAUAUUUCCAGCGAGCUUUUGAUACUGGUAUGCGCGUGAAGUCAUCACUGACCGCUCUUAUUUAUGCAAAGGCACUGCGCCUCUCGAGCGAGGGUCGUGCGACCAAGACUACCGGCGACAUUGUCAAUCACAUGGCCGUCGAUCAGCAGCGCCUUUCGGAUCUGACUCAGUUUGGUACACAGUUGUUGUCCGCUCCGUUCCAGAUCACUCUAUGCAUGGUGUCUCUAUACCAGCUUGUUGGACCGAGCAUGUUCGCCGGUGUGGGUGUUAUGAUUCUGAUGAUCCCACUCAAUGGUGUUAUUGCUCGAAUGAUGAAAAAGUUGCAGAUCAUUCAGAUGAAGAAUAAGGAUUCCCGAACCCGAUUGAUGACGGAGAUUCUCAACAACAUCAAGAGCAUCAAGCUCUAUGCUUGGAAUACCGCUUUCAUGAACAAGCUCAGUCACAUUCGAAAUGAUCUUGAACUCAACACCCUUCGGAAGAUCGGAGCCACUCAGUCCAUUGCGAAUUUUACUUGGCAGUCAACACCCUUCCUUGUGUCUUGCUCGACUUUCACCGUCUUCGUCCUGACAAGUGAUCGCCCUCUGACAACCGAGAUUGUUUUCCCGGCUUUGACCCUUUUCAACCUCCUGACAUUCCCGCUCUCUAUCCUACCCAUGGUCAUCACGUCAGUCAUUGAAUCUUCCGUCGCUGUGAAGCGAUUGAUGGAAUAUUUCACCGCCGAGGAACUGCAAAGCGAUGCUGUUGUCUUCCAAGAUUCAGUGGAACAUGUAGGUGACGAAUCUGUUCGUGUUCGUGAUGCAUCUUUUACCUGGAACCGCCACUCUGGUAUCCCUGUUCUUGAAAAUAUCGAUCUCAGUGCACGCAAGGGCGAGCUCAGCUGUAUUGUUGGUCGUGUCGGAGCUGGCAAGUCUUCUUUGCUUCAAGCCAUGUUGGGCGAGUUGUGGAAGAACCAUGGUGAAGUCACUGUUCGUGGUCGUAUCGCAUAUGUCGCUCAGGCCCCAUGGGUCAUGAAUGCUAGUGUUCGAGAGAACAUUGUAUUCGGACACCGGUGGGACCCAGAUUUCUACGAUCUAACCGUGGAGGCUUGUGCUCUUAUUGAUGAUUUCAAAAUUAUGCCCGAUGGUGAUCAGACUGAAGUUGGCGAGCGUGGUAUUUCUCUCUCUGGAGGCCAAAAGGCACGAUUGACCCUCGCCCGAGCAGUGUAUGCUCGAGCUGAUAUCUAUUUGCUUGACGAUGUCCUAUCGGCUGUGGAUCAGCAUGUUGGACGUCACAUUAUCAACAAGGUGCUGGGAAGCUCAGGUAUCCUGAGUGGAAAGACCCGAAUCCUUGCUACGAAUGCAAUCACGGUUCUCAAAGAAGCCGACUUCAUCGGCCUACUCCGUGAGAAGACUAUUAUCGAAAAGGGUACAUAUGAGCAACUCAUGGCCAUGAAGGGUGAGAUUUUCAAUCUCGUCCGCACGAAUCUUGCUGAGUCAGAUGAGGAGCGCUCUCCAAGUGGAUCGGACGAUGGUCUAGCUAGCCCCGAAAGCUCAGACGAUACCGCGGUGAUUGAGAACGACGAUGGUACAGAUAGUGAAGAUAUUGAGGAGCCUGGCUCUCUUGUCCCCAUUAAGAGUGUCAGCAACCCCCACAGAAGAACCAGCACUGUCACUCUGCGCAGAGCUAGCACAGCAACCUGGCAAGGCCCGCGACGCAAGCUGGGUGACGAAGAGAAUGUCCUCAAGAGCAAGCAAACCCAGGAGACCUCGGAACAAGGCAAAGUGAAAUGGAGUGUCUACGGCGAGUAUGCCAAAAACAGCAACAUUGCCGCCGUCGGCUUCUACCUGUUUGCUCUUGUCGCUGCACAGACUGCUCAGGUGCUCGGCAAUUUCUGGCUGAAGAGCUGGACCGAGCAUAACGAGACCCACGGAUCCAACGACAGUGUGGGUAAAUUCAUUGGUAUUUACCUGGCAUUUGGCUUAGGAUCGUCUCUCCUGGUCAUCGUCCAAAACUUGAUUCUGUGGAUCUUCUGCUCCAUUGAAGCUUCUCGCAAGCUCCAUGAGCGAAUGGCCUUCGCUAUUUUCCGCUCUCCUAUGAACUUCUUUGAAACGACGCCAUCUGGUCGUAUCCUCAACCGAUUUUCCAGCGACAUCUACCGUGUUGAUGAGGUCCUGGCCCGUACUUUCAACAUGCUGUUUGCUAACUCUGCCCGUGCUAUCUUCACCAUGGUUGUUAUUGCGGCAUCCACCCCAGCUUUCUUAAUCCUGGUUAUUCCGCUGAGCUGGGUUUAUCUCAGUUAUCAAAAGUAUUACCUGCGAACCUCUCGUGAGCUGAAGCGUUUGGAUAGUGUCACCCGCAGUCCGAUCUAUGCCCAUUUCCAGGAAUCACUGGGUGGUAUCUCAACCAUCCGCGCAUACCGGCAAGAGAAUCGCUUUGCUCUCGAAAAUGAAUGGCGAAUGGAUGCCAAUCUGCGCGCUUAUUUCCCAUCGAUCAGUGCCAAUCGAUGGCUCGCCGUCCGUCUCGAGUUCAUAGGGUCAAUCAUUAUCCUUGCAUCCGCCAGUCUUGCACUCAUUUCAAUUGCCACUGGCAGCCGUCUCUCGGCUGGUAUGGUUGGUCUGGCCAUGUCCUAUGCCCUCCAGAUCACCCAAUCUUUGAACUGGAUUGUUCGCCAAACCGUGGAGGUCGAGACCAAUAUUGUCUCGGUUGAGCGUGUGCUCGAGUACGCCAACCUCCCUAGUGAGGCGCCCGAGGUUAUCUUCAAGCGUCGACCCGCAACUGGCUGGCCGGCUCAAGGUGCAGUAUCGUUCAAUAACUACAGCACUCGCUACCGUGAGGGUCUUGACCUGGUCUUGAAGGACAUCAAUCUCGACAUCAAGCCCCAUGAGAAGAUCGGUGUCGUUGGUCGAACCGGUGCUGGAAAGAGCUCUUUGACCUUGGCUCUGUUCCGCAUUAUCGAGGGAACAAGCGGUAGCAUCAGUAUUGAUGGGCUCGAUGUGUCUUCAAUCGGCCUGUUCGAUCUCCGUGGCCGCUUGGCUAUUAUUCCCCAGGACCCUGCCAUGUUUGAAGGCACCCUGCGCGACAACUUAGACCCCCGACAUGUCCACGAUGACACAGAACUUUGGAGCGUACUAGACCACGCCAAAUUGAAGGAACAUGUCGCUCAGAUGGAUGGUCAACUGGAUGCCCAAAUCCAAGAAGGAGGAUCUAACCUGAGUCAAGGCCAGCGCCAACUGGUUUCGCUUGCGCGAGCUUUGCUCACGCCUAGCAACAUCCUUGUGCUUGAUGAGGCCACGGCCGCUGUUGAUGUGGAGACGGACGCGUUGCUUCAGCAAACUCUGCGCAGCAGUAUCUUCCAGGACCGGACCAUCAUCACGAUUGCCCACCGUAUCAACACGAUCAUCGACUCAGAUCGCAUCGUCGUUCUCGACAAGGGCCGUGUGGCGGAAUUUGACACCCCCUCGGAGCUUAUCAAGCGGGGAGGUCGCUUCUACGAGCUUGCCAAGGAAGCCGGCUUGCUGGAUAGCGACGGUCUCGCCAGCUCCUCCUCGCAAAUAGCGUAA